GCUGCGCCUGCGUGCUGGGCAGGCGCGAACAAGUGCGCUGCACCGCCGGCACCGGCUGGGGGCGAGCAGGCUCGGAGCAGCUGCCGCCGCUGAAGCCGUUGCCGCCGCCGCAGCGGAGUUCAGAGGGCCCGGAGGUGGGAGACUUCACACACGGAGGCUGAGAUGUCGUCCACUGCGGCUUUUUACCUUCUCUCCACCCUGGGAGGGUACUUGGUGACCUCAUUCUUGUUGCUCAAAUACCCGACCUUGCUGCACCAGAGAAAGAAGCAGCGAUUCCUCAGUAAACACAUCUCUCACCGCGGAGGUGCUGGAGAAAAUUUGGAGAAUACAAUGGCAGCCUUUCAGCAUGCAGUUACAAUUGGAACUGAUAUGCUGGAAUUAGACUGCCAUAUCACAAAAGAUGAACAAGUCGUCGUGUCACACGAUGAGAAUCUAAAGAGAUCAACUGGGGUCAAUGUAAACAUCUCCGAUCUCAAGUACUGUGAGCUCCCACCUUACCUUGGCAAACUGGAUGUCACAUUUCAAAGAGCAUGCCAAUGCGAAGGAAAAGAUAACCGAAUUCCAUUACUGAAGGAAGUUUUUGAGGCCUUCCCUAACACUCCCAUUAACAUCGAUAUCAAAGUCAACAACAAUGUGCUGAUUAAGAAGGUUUCAGAGUUAGUGAAGCAGUACAGACGAGAACACCUAACAGUGUGGGGUAAUGCCAGUUACGAAAUUGUAGAAAAGUGCUACAAAGAGAAUUCAGAUAUUCCUGUACUCUUCAGUCUACAACGUGUUCUGCUCAUUCUUGGGCUCUUCUUCACUGGUCUCUUGCCCUUUGUGCCCAUUCGAGAACAGUUUUUUGAAAUCCCAAUGCCUUCCAUCAUAUUGAAGCUAAAAGAACCACACACCAUGUCCAGAAGUCAAAAGUUUCUCAUCUGGCUUUCUGAUAUUUUACUAAUGAGAAAAGCUUUGUUUGACCACCUCACUGCCCGAGGCAUUCAGGUGUAUAUUUGGGUAUUAAAUGAAGAACAAGAAUACAAAAGAGCUUUUGAUUUGGGAGCAACUGGGGUGAUGACAGACUAUCCAACAAAGCUGAAGGAUUUUUUACACAAUUUUUCAUCAUAGAAAAGGAAGUACUCAGAAGCAUUCAAAGAAAACAUGAAAAGACCUAAGAAAAAGAAUUUUCACCAUCAUUUUCCUAAGCCAUUUCCAGAAUG